UAUGAAUACAACCUUUGACCUAGAAACACAUGCUGCCUGCGAAGAAAACGUUUGGUUUUACUGUAGCUGCAUUAAGAACACUGCACCGAUCGACAAGCAGUAUGCCGCUGAAAAUUGCAGCCAAUGUUUCUCUUUUGUUUAAGGAAACGCCAAAUUUAGCUGACAGAUAUCAGGUUGCAAAAGAUGCUGGCUUCAAGUUUGUGGAGUGCACGUUCCCGUAUGACGUUCCAGUUGAUCAGAUGGCGGCUGCCAGGGAAGGGGCGGGGCUUGAGCAAGUGCUUAUCAAUGGAUACCCAGGUGACCUAGCAAAUGGUGACCUUGGAUUAGCUGCACUUCCAAGCAGAAAAGAGGAAUUCAGGGAAAAGUUGGAAUUAUCAAUACAGUAUGCAAAUGCUUUGGAGUGUAAAAGGAUGCAUCUGAUGGCUGGCAGGAGGGGUCAAGUAGAUGAUAAGGUCAUGGAGGAGACAUUCCUUGAUAAUCUCCAAUAUGCAGCAGAUCGACUACAGAAAGAGGGAAUCCUUGCUGUGAUUGAGCCAGUCAACAACCGAAUCUCUGUACCGGACUACUUCCUGUACGACCCUCACAAAGGGCUGGAAUAUGUGAAGCGACUGAACCACCCCAACUUAAAACUUCAGUUUGAUGUGUUCCAUGUGCAGAUCAUGGAUGGAAACCUCACCAAGAACCUGAAGGAAAUGUUCCCCUACAUCGGUCAUAUACAGAUCUCCCAAGUGCCAGAACGCCAUGAGCCAGACAGUCCAGGCGAGAUCAACUACCCAUAUGUGUUCCAAGUGCUGGAGAAUCUUGGAUAUGAUGGCUACAUAGGCUUGGAGUACAACCCAAAAGGAGAUACACUGGCUGGACUUGAAGGGUUGCGGAAACUGGGUCUCCUGUGACAGGGCAAGUCUUUGUGAGGACAUACACCAUAUUAACAAAGGAAAUGAAGAUGGCUGCUGGGGAUUUAUUCUGGUUGUCAUAAAAACCUGGAAGUAUUGCAUCUUGCAAUAUACAUGAAACAAAUUCGUUCAUAGCCAAUUUCAUCACAUUGUCUAACCUUCAUGAUGGUCACUGACAAUCAAAUGCUUGAAAAUUCUUCAAGAAGUGUUCAUAUUGCCAAAGUAACCUCUUUUUUGCUUGGAUCAGCUGGGUGGGAUUUGUAAUAAACCACACUAGGGUCACUGGUCUUGUCAACCCUUAUCAUUCAUGUCCUUCAUCCAUUUUGGUAUUCUUCAGUGUUUGUGAAACUCACUGGACAAAUUUACUCAUUGGGUCAUCUUCAGUGUUGAAAUUAGCAAGAGACCCUAGCAUUCAUGACUAUUAUUGGAGGAACUUGGUCAGCUCAGAUCUAUUCAUCCCUGGAGCAGGCCUGGAGGUUCUUCAUGUCUUAGCCCUCUGAAGAGACAGUCACAAUGGGACAAGUAGAAUAUCUCCGCUCCAGGACUCACAGAAGGAAAAUCAAAUGAUGUCACCUUGACAUUCAGUAAGCCAUAUUCCUCCGAGUUUGGUGCAUAAACUGUGCUGUUGUCGUUAAUCAAGACAGAACAGAAGCAUAUCAGAAACUGCUCCCACACACAAGGGCUCCAGAAUAUUUCUGAUGAAUGUAAAUCAGAAACAUAUUUAUUUUGAUUAUGUAUGAUCAAUGCAAUCAGUAGGUAUGAAAUCCUUGUAUUUAACAUUUGCAUGAUCAACCAAAUACAAAUACUUUGUAAACUGUA